AAGAGUAAAAUUAAAUAUAGGCGUUCCUAAUUAUUGAAGUUGCCAUGGUUACUGUCAGUUUUUUUUUAAUUUUAUAUUUUAACAUUAAAAUUUAAAUUACACAAAUAACAAUUUUAUUUAAAGAAUAUAUUAUGGAAAAUAAAGAUAAAGUGUCAUAUAUAGAUCAAAAUGAGAGCAACUUACGUAAACAAGCUAGGAAAAUGGUCAAACAAAAACAAUUAUUCACCAAAAGACCAACACAUUUGUUUAUGCAUGAAAAAGGUCUUACUGAAAUCCCCAAACCCAAAAACCCUAAUCAUAUUAUCUACGCUUAUUACCAUAAUAAUCAAAUUAGUAAAAUCGUGAAUUUAAACGUGCUAUACAACUUAACUCAUUUGCAUCUUCAAUGGAAUAAUAUUACCAAGAUUGAGGGUUUGGAACAUUUGACUAAGUUAAAAAAACUGUACCUCACAAGUAACAAAAUAAGUGUUGUCGAAAAUUUAGAAGGAUUGAAAUACUUAGAAGAGUUGCACAUAGAAAAACAAAACGUCAAUGGUACAGAUCCUUUGUGUUUUGAUCCUCGAACAAUGGUAUCUGUUGGGGCAUCUCUGAGAAUUUUAAAUGUAUCACAAAAUAGAUUAUCAGAUAUGUCUUGGGCUAAGCCUCUUCGUCGUUUGGAAAUUCUAAUUGUCAAAAAGAACAAUUUGGAAAAUGUUGAGGAGGUAGCUGACAAUUUAUGUGCAUUAAUUAACUUGGUAGACGUCAACUUUAAGGAGAACCCGAUGACCAAGAAGCAUAGAUACAAAGAAACUAUAAUAGCCAGAUGUUCGCAAUUACGGGUUUUGGACACCAUGCCGAUUCAUAACACAUCCAGAACUUUCUUGAGAAACUUCGAUAAAGUUGUAAGACUACGGCAAUUGCACCAAAGAAACAAAAUAAGUACAUCUCAUCAAGGAGUUGAGGAGUUCUUUGAGCUGAACAUGUUGCCGUACCCACGUACUCUCAGCGCUUUGUCUAUUUCGGAAAUUCCGAACCAAAGACCAACAAAAAUUUCAGCUACUGAUUCUACAUAUACAUUAAUGCCUCCAAAUUUGUGGUGCAAUAAAAGUUUGGCCUCACCUCGUGAGCAUAUAGCGCCUCCAAUAGAACCACCACCACCACCCAAAGAACCUGUAUACGCUGGACAACCUGUAAAAGGAAUUCUUAAGAAACCAAUGCCUAUAAAGUAUACUUUAUAUCUGGGAAGCGAUGUAGCAGAGACGAAUUUAAUUGAACCGUUACAAUUUUAUAGAGACUAUGUAUCGAAAAAUAUCCCAGUUAUUAUCAGAGGUGGGUGUGCGGAGUGGCCAGCCGUUCAAAAAUGGAAUUCACAUUAUUUCAGGAAAACAUUGGGCGAGAAGAAGGUGACAGUAGCAUUGACACCAAAUGGCUUGGCUGAUGGAAUAACUCAAGAUCUCAAUGGUACUGAAUAUUUUGUGAUGCCACAGGAGGUUCAAAUGUCAAUGUCUGAAUUUCUGGAUAUGCUGGAAGCUAAGCGGGACAAUUUAAUACCUUACAUUCAGAGACAGAACUCAAAUCUCACUGAAGAUUUCAGUGAACUGAUGGUGGAUGUAGAGCAAGACGUCAGUUUUGCAAGUCAAGCUUUCAACAAGAAACCGGAUGCUGUCAACUUUUGGAUGGGAGAUGAAAGAGCUGUGACAUCCAUGCAUAAAGAUCCAUAUGAAAAUAUCUACUGUGUGAUAGAUGGUCACAAAGACUUCAUACUCAUACCUCCAACUGAUAUCCCCUAUGUACCUUACAAGAGAUACCCUCAAGCAGAGUUCAGAAGAUCUCAUGAUUUAUGGGAUAUUGUACCACUAGAUAGGGAACAUCCAAAUGACAAUAGUGAUGCUUUAGAUGACAUUAGUAUGAAAAAUGGUUUACCUUGGAUUUGUAUAGAUCCUCUUAAUCCAGACUUAGUGAAGUACCCUUCAUAUGUAAAAGCCCACAAGUUUAAAGUGCGUGUACACAAGGGCGACUGCCUCUACCUCCCUAGUCUAUGGUUCCACCACGUCACGCAGAGCCAUGGCUGCAUCGCUGUCAACUACUGGUAUGACAUGGACUUUGACAUCAAGUAUUGCUACUUUAAAAUGUUAGAAGCAUUGUGUGAUAAAUAUUGAAUUUGUUUUAUGAAAUAUAUUUUAUUAUUGUUUGAAAAA